AGCUUCUCUUCGUUUUCCUCUCUUCCCAUUUUACCCCUCAUCCGCCUUCGAAUUUUCAAACCCUGGGAUUCCAUGCCGGAGAGGUCUCAACGCCGGCGAGGCCUCGCCGAUCCGGCGGGGACUGGGGUGGCUUCUCUCCCUGCUUCGUCUUCUUCGGAGAAUCCUGGGAAUGGGGCCGAUGUUGAUCGUGUUCUUUUCAAGAACCUCGUCGAGAUGGUUCCUCUUGUUGAAUCCCUCAUGGGUCGGAGAUCAACAUCGUCGUUCACACGGCGGGCUUCCAUGGUCUACACUCCUGCUCCUUCACACCCUCCGAAGGUUGACACAAAGGGGAGAAAAACAGCUCAAAGUGUUUAUACGAAAAGGAAAGCAGACCUCGCUGGCAGUGCCUUGAAAAAACUUGCUAAUGAUGGAGAUGGCGGUGCUGAUGAUUUCACAAUUUUCUCGUCAAACCAGCCAGUUGCGGAGGUUCUGCAAAAAGAGAGGGAAGAUGUCACUAUGUUGCGGGAACAGUUAGAUGAUCUGGAAAGGAAAAUAUUAGAGAAAGAUCAAGCCUUAAAAUCUGCAGAAGAUUCCCUUAACCAGAUGAAGGCGGCCAGUAUGCAACUUGAAGAAUUAAAGCGUCAGGUUACAGAAAAGGAUUCAUUGAUUAAGUCUUCCAAUUCUCAGUUAUCUAAUGCUCAGAUUAAGUUGGCAGAGAAGCAAGCUGCUCUGGAGAAAUUAGAGUUGGAAGCAAAGGCAUCAAAUGCGAAGGUCGAAGAACUCCAGGCAGACCUGGAUUGUAUGGAUUUUGAAAUCAGAGCGCAUAUGCAGUUGUUUGAAGAACUUUCAAAAUGUGACUCUGAUGCAGAUUCUGAUGGUAUAACCACAUUUCAUCAAGUCGAUCGCCUUCCACACAUGGAUGAUCUUGAUCUUGAUCUUGAUGAGGACACAAUUGAGCAGAUGGAAGAGGCGAGAUUGGCUUACGCAGCGGCACUUGCCGCUGCAAAGGAGGACCCGGGCGAAGAAUCCUUAAUAAGUUUAGCUGAGGCUCGUAUCAAGCUUCAAGCUUUUGUACUUUAAUUGUGUCACUGCUUAUAUAUAUAUAUGUAACAUUCCUUGAAUUAGAGUGCAUCUCACUAACUCAGACUGAAUAGUACUUGACUUGUAAGACUUAGCUCCAGGAUUUGAUCAUUUUGCUUUAACAGGAAUCUAGUGUUUUUGAGGUUAUCUCUAUUCAUUUUCUUGUUGCGCGCUUUGCUAGAGGUGUAAAUUAUACACUACCACUCGCAAGCUAUUUGAGUUCGAUUCGGAAAAAGCUCGAACUCAACUUGUGUAUGAUCGAGU